UCAAUCAAAACUAUUUAAUUCGAUUCAAGAAACCAUGUUUAGAGCUUUCAGCACCAGACGAUAUGAAAGAUUGGGCGGCGCCGGCGGUGGAGGAAUCGACCACCACCACUACCAACCGUCUUCACUCGGCGGCGGUGAUAUGUUCAAUGCCAAGUUGAGAAGGGUCACAAGCUUGCCGGUCAAAUUUCUCACAUCUACAUCCCGAAAACUAGGGUCGACGGAUUCCAAUAUUGUUAAUUCUCCGGCCAAGCCGACGGCGGCGGCGGCGGGGAAGGUUCAUCCUAUCUUGGGUCUGUUGGAUCUACGGCGGAGGAAGAAGGCGACGGCCAAACCGGAAUUCGCAAGGUACUUGCAGUAUCUCAAGGAAGGAGGUGUUUGGGAUGCAAAAUCUGAUAAGCCUUCAAUUUACUACAAAUGAAAUUAAUUUUGAUGAUUUUAAGCUUCAAAUAGGAUUUUAUUGUUUUGAUUUAUUAUAUAUAUAUUUUUUGGAUUAAUUUAUGUAAUUUUUAUUUU